AGGGGAGGUUUAGCUGGAGCCAUUUGGCACAACGAGAAGGUGCUUCUGGUUUGCACUUGCAGUGCCACUUCUUUCACCGAUGGCCAUCGAUAGUGUCAGUGCGUUCGAAUUCAAGGCAUAGUCUAGAUGGUAUCAACUUAUUCAUCGAACUACAUUAAUAUUCAGUUUGAGUGGUCCGCAACCAUUACAUUUACAAUUUACCUUUCCGUGUCUAGCCCGUUAUUGCAACAGAAUAAAUUUUGGUUUCAACGAUGCUUCUGCGUCUUCCGCUAGUGUCCGCCGAGUUGCGAAGAGAAGAAGGCCUCGUCCGCUUGUGACCACUCUAGUUCCUCUCGAUGCGCAUUACGGAUUUCAAUAUCCUGAUUGACACAGCAGCAAAGGUAGCCUAACCGCUCGGAGCGUUGGACAAGGCACGAAGCAGGAUACAUAGUAGUUUUCUUCCCGAGCGGCCGAUUGACCGCGCAAGCGAGUUACUAGGAUCCGUUGCGCGUCGUGCACUCAUUUCCAAGGCACGAAGACCACGGCCCUGACCCCCAUAGUUCCGGGCGACCAUGUAUCAAGUGUAAAAAUGUUUGGGUCUGGAAGAGUGCGAACUUGUCAUGCAGAUUUUACAAUGCCCGUGACGUCUGUGAUGUAUUCCCUGGCAUCACAGAUUUUCUGAGUGCUUCUUGAUGCCUAUUCCGCAUGACAAAUGGCCUCCCCGCGUAGCAGAAACUGGACUCCUCUUGCUGGUCAUGCAGUACAGAUUUUUCUAGAGUCCAAAAUUAGCAUCACAGGUUGCAUCCUUCCAGACCCAGACAUUUUUGCAGUUCAUACCAUGGUGAUGCCGCUCGGGGGAGUGACGCCGGGCGGGCCGCCGUCGCAAUACUGUUUGAAUAUGGAUUGCAAAAAUGUCUGGGUCUGGAAGCAUGCAACUUGUGAUGCUGCAUUUGGAUUCCAAAAAAAUCUGUAUUGCAUGAGUAGCAAAAGAGUAUAAUUUUUGCUACAAGGAUAGGGCAUUUGUCAUGUGGAAUAGGCAUCAAGAUGCCCUCAAACUAUAUGUGAUGCUAGGGCGCGCAUCACAGACAUCAUGGCUCAUGCAAGACGUGCGUCACAAGUUUCAGAAUCUUGAUCUUCCAGACCCAGACAUUUUUACAGUUGAUAUUGAACACGCUACCGAAGCUGAAAAUCCUCCUCAUCGGCAUCGUGUUUCUCUCCUGCGCAAGAAUAGUAUCCCAAUCGCAGGUCGAGGGGGUCAUCAUAGACGGCAUUUUUGACCUUUUCACGGUACUUAUGAAAAAGUGUUUGCGGAAGCGGAGCUACUACCUUUGUCGUAGUCACACUAGUACUUGUGUCUGAUAGAUGAGGCUGCAUUGAUCAGGCUAGCUCCGUCUCAGCCACGUGCAUCGCCAAAAAACGUGGAUGAUCUCAAAAAAAAAAAACCAGCCCAUCAGCGGUUACUGCCUCUUCAAAGACGCACAGACGAUGAGCAGCUGCCUGUGCGCGUUCAUGAUGUUUGCGUGGCUGAGCGCGGUCAACGACGGCAUUGCGGCGAUUGUGCGUUUCUCGGAGUACGGCGUUGAUGCGUUCUGUGCGGAUGGAAACAGAAAAAUCGUCAAUGACAAGUAAGUUAGUAUUCAGACGCAACUCUAAUUUUCAGCCUUGGAUCGUUGUGCGAAUCGAAAUCUAGCACUUCUGGAAGAAAAAAAUUCAUACAUGAACUAGGAAUGCAUACUACUUUAGAGGUUUUACUUUCACAUCAAGACGAAUAGUAUGCUACAAAACAGCCGCAUAAUAACCUGCACGGCCUUCCAGCCGACAUACACGAGCGUACUGAUCUGCAUCACCAUCGUGCAAGGCUACACCGGUGUGCUCGGCUAUAAGAUGCUGAAGUCCGCAACGUAUAAAGAGUUAUUCUUGUUUGAGUAUACUACAGUCAUGAAGAUGAUCAACGCAUGUGCCGCAACUUUCUUCUUGUAAAUCUGAAUCAUCAUGUCGUGGCGGAUAACUAAAACGAGACAUGAUCCACCAAAAAUGAAUACACAGAGUCCAGCAGGCCGAAACGAUGGGAGGCGGACUUCUCGGCGCGGACGUAAACGCGCAGCAGGCGGCCCUCGCCCGAGAGCUCCGACCUGGCGCGGGCGGAAACGGCAACGGGCCUCUUGGACCGCGCGCGCCCGCACCUCCGUCCUUUCAAGCCUUCGCGGGCGAGGGACAAAGGCUUGGCUAGGGUGCGCACCGCUGGGAGGAGCUUGACUUGCCGGUGUUGGUUUUGCGUUUGGGAUAUUGAACCACGUGCUUUUUGACGAGAAAGCCGUCGCGGACGCCACGUAAAGAAGCCGCGGAAAGGGAGAAGUUGCGACAGGGUGCUGUGGUGUGCGGCGUGGAGUCAUUUUCGUCCUGCAUGGUGCUGUUGAAUGGAGGAGGACGCGAGGGAAGAACUGACGCCGCUCCGCGAGUUCUACUCGCUUUCGUCUUGAAGCUUCUUGCGGCGCUGUGUGGACAAGAAACUACGUACAGCAAGGCUUGGAGAAUUAAGAAUGCUUUGAAAUAACAAGUUAUAGCUCUGCGAGAUCUAGAAGUUCAUCAUUCUUUACAUCUAAUGACUCUACUGGAACUGCAUGGAGGCGUUACUGUGCCAUCAUUUGGAGAACAGGAUCUGAGAUGCAACAUUUAUUCCGCGACUGGGCAUCUCUCUUGUCGUUACGCGAUCUUCUACUUGCUCCGCACGAGAAGAGAUGGGCCCUUGCUAUGACACGAC